CCCGCCACAACCCGCUCCAAACACCCAUCCUCGACAACCCCCAAUCCACCACAAUGCCCGCCCAAGAAUCCAAACCGAGCGAGUCCUCCGCCUCAGGCGCCGCCGCGGCGGCCGCCAUCGCCGAAUCCACCAACCCCCCCUCCGCAACCAUCGAAGACGCCCACUCGGGCGCUAGCAGCGGCGACGACGAGGAGCCCACGCCCAACACCCUCGACGGGGGGGACGUCGCCGCCGCCGCCUCGAAAAGCGCCAAAAAAAGCAGCAGCAAGAAGCGCAAGCUCAAGGCGGCGCUGAGGGGCAAAUCCUCGGCCGGCGACAACAAGGACGCGGGGGAAAUCGGCGACCGGCUGUCCAAAGAGCAGCUGGCGGCGCUGCUCGAGACGAACCCGGCGCUGGCGCAGGAGAUGGACGCGCAGGCGGCGGGCACGGCGAGCAGCGUGCAGGAGCUGCUGCGGAAGCUGACGGUGAGCGACGUGCUGACGGGGACGGCGCCGGGGGGGAAGAACAGGAAGGACAUGGCGAGCCAUGCGUUUUGGAACACGCAGCCGGUGACCAAGUUUGAGGAGGCGGGCGGGGAGCAGGGGGAUGGGCCGAUCAAGGAGAUCGAUGUGGAGAGGGUGCCCAAGGAGCCGAGUCAGAUGUAUCCCGGGUUUGAGUGGGUGACGAUGGAUUUGGAGGAUGAGAAGCAGUUGGAUGAGACGUAUGAGUUGCUGACGGGACAUUAUGUGGAGGACGAUGAUGCGCAGUUUAGGUUCAAUUACUCGAGGUCGUUCUUGGAUUGGGCUCUCAAGUCUCCAGGUUGGAAAAAGGAGUGGCACGUUGGUGUCCGAGCAUCAGCAUCAGGCAAGCUCGUAGCAUUCAUCUCUGCGAUCCCCGUCGAACUCCGCGUCCGACAAAAGCUCCUCCACUGCUCAGAAGUCAACUUCCUAGUCGUCCACAAGAAGCUCCGAUCGAAACGUCUCGCUCCGGUUCUCAUCAAGGAGAUCACCCGCCGCUGCUACGUGGAGGACAUCUUCCAGGCCAUCUACACCGCCGGCGUGCUCAUCCCCACGCCAAUCUCAACGUGCCGGUACUUCCACCGAGCACUGGACUGGGAGAAGCUAUACGAGUGCAAGUUUUCGCAUCUGCCCCCCGGCAGCACAAAGCAGCGGCAGGUCAUCAAAUACAAACUCCCCGAAAAGACCACCCUACCAGGCCUCCGUGCAAUGGAGAAGAAAGACAUUGACAGCGUUCUCGACCUGCUGAAACGCUACCUAGAAACAAUGCAGCUGGCGCAGAUCUUCACACGGGAAGAGGUAGAACACUGGCUUCUGCCGUCCAAGACUGUGGCAGAGCAAGUCGUGUGGUCGUACGUUGUGGAGGACCCUAAAACGAAGAAGAUCACGGACUACGUCUCCUUCUACUCGCUCGAGAGCACGGUCAUCAACCACAAGAAGCACAAGGUUGUGCGGGCGGCGUAUCUGUACUACUAUGCGACCGAGACGGCGUUUGAGAAGGAUAAAACGCUGCUGAGGCCGAAGUUGAACGCGCUAAUCAAGGAUGCGUUGAUCCUGGCGAAAAACGAGAAAUUCGACGUCUUCAACGCCCUAACCCUCCUGGAUAACCCCCUCUUCCUCGAAGAACAAAAGUUCGGCGCCGGCGACGGCCAGCUCAACUACUACCUCUUCAACUACCGGACUGCGCCCGUGCCCGGCGGGCUAGACAUGCGGAACCUACCCAGCGAGAAGAAUAUGCGUGGAGUGGGCGUUGUCAUGCUAUAAAGCAAAAGGGCCAUGGUAAGGUUUCCGUUAGGGGAGUCGAGGAAGGCAUGGGUUAAAAUGGUUGCAUUCUCACGGGUUCUGUGAGGGAGGCUGCAUUGUUGAUACUGG